AUGACCUCUGCCACAGCUCCACGUAUACGACGGACCACACAACAUACAUUUCUCACAUACAAUCUCUCCCGACGCAUACACGAUGUGCAAACCUACCCGACCCAGUCUCCUCAAGGUGCAGCCAUCCUGAUCUACGGACAUGAAACCGGCGCCACCGUUGUAUGGCGCGGCGGCCGUCGAUUCAAGCCCUCCAAGAAGCCCGAGCCUGCAAAGCAGCACCAGAACGGCGGCUCUGCUGAUGCUAGCGUCAUGGUGAUUGACUCUGACGACGAGGAGCCAAACAAGACGACUCCGCGCCCCGGUGCGUUUGUGGACAAGCCCGACUUUGAAGCCUCGACCGAACAAGGACCAUAUCCCGAAAUUAUCCAGACUCUCGACCUCACAUUCGGCACAUCAAUCCUGCAUGUUGCCGUUUUGCCUGACAGCCCCAAUCUGGUUAGCGGCGCGGCUACCGGCACCGCGCUGCACAGCGACAAGAUCGUCUUUGCAGUGUCUUGCGCAAAUAACGAUGCAUAUGUGGUGGUGCUACCAAGCACGCCGCCAUCGCCGGAUAGCAAGGCGCGUCCAGAGCUGCGCGUCGACCUGCUGGCUGGACAGGCUGGCUCCGGCGCCUGGGGAGAGUCCCUCAUCGCGCUGGGUGGCCAGACGAGACCGAGCAAUGGCCUUGCCAUUGCGCUGGCCAAGCCAUCUUCGACACAGCCGCCGAGUGCUCGAGUAAUCGUCGCUGCACACUCCAAGCAGGCCUCUGGUGUUUUGCAGCUCUGGGACGUUGCGUUGGAUGCAAAAGCAGAGCGGCCGCUCGAGCCUUUCCAAACAGAGUACCUGCCAAGCCCAUUGAAGAAAAUCUCCUUUAACCCUACACACAGCACACAUCUCCUUACUGUGUCUGCAACCGACGCUGCGCGAAUCUACGACUACGCUACUUCUUCUAUACCCAGUGACCCCGAAGCUACUAGCCCAUUUCCCAGUCAGGGCUCGUGGCUUCUCUCCCUAUAUCAGCCAUUUGCAAAACCGUCUGCGACGAGGAAACCGAUUCUCGAUGCUGUCUGGAUAGCAAGAGGCCAAGCAAUAUUUGUACUGCUUGCUGAUGGCAUGUGGGGAGUCUGGGACAUUGAUGGUGUGAGUCCGCGGUCUGCUAACGCGAACAUGUCGACAAAACUCAAGUCAGGUGUUCGCGGUGCAGCUCUGACGGCAUUUAGCAUUUCGGGCUACGUCGAAGGCACAGGCUCAUUGCGGAGCAUAUCCACCCAACAGAAGGAGUCGCAGCAGGGCGAGUUUGCGCCCAUGACACCGCAUACUCGCAGACAAGCGACGGCUUCGCUGACAUCUACAAACACGCUAGACAGACUUGCUAGUGUGCACGGCAGUGUACGAACGGUAGCGAUAUCAUCGUUUAAAAAGUCCUCAUACGAUGAAGCCUUGGUCCUGUGGGUCGGUAGCCUGGAGCAUGUCUGUGUGGUGCCUGCCAUCCUUCGCUUCUGGGAAUCGCAACUGAACAAGGGAUCCGCUGGCGGUGUGAACAUUUUUAGUGGCAGUGCGCCUACAAGAAUGACGAAGCUCGCUGAUUUAGCUACUGGCCUAUUAGGUGAGCCUUGCUGUGGCGUCGAUUUGAUCCCUGCACACAGCUCUAGUUGUGCGGCUGAUGGCGGCAUGAACGUCGAGGUGGUCAUCCGCGGUGAGUCACGACUUGUCAUUGCCCGCGACAGCGAUGACAGUGGCAGCAAGAAGCUGGUGUUGCACCGAUCCAGACGUCUUUUCUCCAAGGAGCACCCGAAUGCCAUCAUCGUGCAUGGCGAGAAGGACAAGGCCCCGCCGAAGCUGUCGUUUAAUCUCAGCACAGCCAAGGCCGGAUCGCUGCGGCUCAAGGCGGCGGCCCCCGUCGACGAAGAUCAGGAAAUGGGCGAGGGACCCUUGGCUGUGUCGUCGCGGCCAAGUGUUGGCUUUGAUUUUGCCAAUACACUCAGCGCUGCGGCGGACGUGACCUCGGACAUUUCACGCGAUGUCGAGGCUGAGAUGCUCGGAAUUAUGGAGAUUGAUCAAGCCUUGGACGCUUUGGAAGGAACGCCCACGAGGAGCCGAAAAAGGGUGUUCUUUGAUGAUUGA